AUGCGUGGUCUUUUCCUUUUCGCUCUGGGUGCUAUCCCGGCGCUCGUCAGCGGUCAACUCUCUGGCAGUGUUGGCCCGUUGACCUCCGCUUCCACCAAAGGUGCGACAAAAACAUGCAACAUCCUCAGUUACGGUGCAGUGGCCGACAACUCGACCGACGUUGGGCCUGCCAUCACAUCGGCCUGGGCUGCAUGCAAAAGCGGAGGUCUUGUCUACAUCCCAUCCGGCAACUAUGCCCUAAAUACCUGGGUCACCCUGACUGGGGGCAGCGCGACCGCAAUCCAGCUGGAUGGUAUCAUCUACCGCACAGGUACCGCGAGUGGGAACAUGAUUGCGGUCACUGACACCACCGAUUUCGAGCUGUUCAGUAGCACCUCCAAAGGUGCUGUGCAGGGAUUCGGCUAUGUGUACCAUGCGGAGGGUACCUACGGAGCACGAAUUCUGCGCUUGACCGACGUGACUCAUUUCUCCGUGCACGAUAUUAUCUUGGUGGACGCGCCUGCUUUUCACUUUACCAUGGAUACCUGCUCCGAUGGCGAGGUGUACAACAUGGCGAUUCGUGGUGGCAAUGAGGGCGGCUUGGACGGGAUUGAUGUCUGGGGAAGCAACAUCUGGGUUCACGAUGUUGAAGUGACCAACAAGGAUGAAUGUGUAACAGUCAAGAGCCCUGCCAACAAUAUCCUGGUUGAGAGUAUCUAUUGCAAUUGGAGUGGUGGCUGCGCAAUGGGAUCGCUCGGGGCCGACACCGACGUCACCGACAUUGUCUACCGCAAUGUUUACACCUGGUCGUCGAACCAGAUGUACAUGAUCAAGAGCAAUGGUGGCAGUGGAACGGUGUCGAAUGUUCUGCUGGAAAACUUCAUCGGGCACGGUAAUGCGUACUCGCUCGACAUUGAUGGCUACUGGAGCAGCAUGACUGCGGUGGCCGGGGACGGAGUGCAGCUGAACAACAUCACUGUGAAGAACUGGAAGGGCACCGAGGCGAACGGAGCGACCCGACCACCGAUCCGAGUUGUGUGUAGUGACACGGCGCCUUGCACGGACCUGACGUUGGAAGAUAUUGCCAUUUGGACCGAAAGCGGCUCGAGUGAAUUGUACCUGUGCCGUUCCGCUUACGGAUCGGGAUACUGUCUGAAGGACAGCUCUUCGCACACAUCCUACACCACGACCAGCACUGUCACGGCGGCUCCAUCAGGGUAUUCGGCGACAACCAUGGCAGCCGACUUGGCGACCGCAUUUGGCCUCACUGCUUCCAUUCCUAUUCCGACCAUCCCAACCUCGUUUUAUCCCGGGUUGACCCCGUACAGUGCCUUGGCAGGCUGA